UUGAUGAGUAGCCCAGGCGGCGAGACGAUGUUUGUUUACCUCUCUGACAGCCUGUAUAGCACACAGAGCAAGCUAGUCAGGGCUGUGAUGCCUAAGUAUUUACUAGGCCUAGUAGAAACUUUUACCCGAGUUUAAGUAGGUGUGCAUAUUGACUUCAAGUAUACUAAGCAAUUUUUUGAACCACAAGAAGCUGAGUACCUAGAGAGAUGAUUGCAUGGCGCGAAAUGGGCUAGCCAUUGUGUCGAAACGCAACCUGAAGCUUGAGAAUUUCUUGAAGGUGAACCUAGCUCAGGAUGUAUUUGACAGGAUACAGGCCUACGAAGCCUGCAUAGUAAAUUCCGCUAAAGAGAAGAAAGCAUUGAAGUUUAAGUAUGCAGUUCUUGGAGACGAACGUUUGUAUAUUACAGAAAAUCCCCCGAAAGUUAUUAAAGAGGAAGAAGGUCUGCACCUUCAAGAUGUUAUAUCUAUCACUCUGGUAAACGAUUUUCCUGAUUUCUUGAGUGGAGAAGAGCGAGAAAACACCCAGCAUAUCUUGAUUAAACACUUGCAAGAAAGACCUGUUCCAAAGACAAGGAAAAAACCCACCAAAAAAGAUUUGAGUCAAGCAAAUGAAAAGCCCAAUGAAAAAAGCACUCCCGAUCUUCGUAUUUCAGACCCUGCCGGAACAACAUUUCAAGGCGACAGGCCGGAAGAAGCUAUUGAUAAACAACAUAAGGAAAAGAAUGGUGAUGGUCUGCGUCUUAACAGAAGCUUUGAUGAAACCACACUUUACUCAUUAAAACUCGAGGAUGGGUUUUCAUCAGAUGACAAUGAACCAAUGUCAGCUUCCCUUCCAUCAAGUACAUUUAAAACAAUAUCAAACGAGAAGGAUCAGCAGCGGGAAAAAGAGGAAGAAAACUUAAAAGCUGCAAAGCAAUCUAAAGGCAAAGUUGAGAGUGUGGACACCUGUCGUCCUCUCCCUCAAAGACCAGUUCAUAAUAAAGACUCCGCCCCUCGCUUAGAUACCUCUAACACAUUCACUGCAGACACAGCUUCCACAUUAGUUAACAGAGACAAAAAUUCUAGUAAGAUACCGCAAUCAAGAAACCUCCCGUCGCCAGAACUUGACAGCCCGAAUAGUCCAAACGCUAAGAAGAAAUCCCAGCCGUUUAAGUUCAAUUUGGAUGCACCACAAUCCAAGGAAUCUGUUGGUAAGAAGUCCUCUGACACAAAGAACCGACGUAGAAAAUCGCUGGCAAAGCCACGUAGUUUAGACAUUGAGAUCAGUUCCGCAGAGAGUAGCCAACCUUUGAUGCCAGAAGAAACAGAGGAAGUGACAUUUGUGAAAGAAGAAGUUGAGAUGCAUCUGUACAUUUUGUCUCCAUUCUCAACCUUCCUAAUGCAGCUCAGAAGCACAUGGAACAACUACAUUAUUCGAUCAACACGAAUGCUUGAAGCUACGUUUGCUGCUGAUAAAUUCACUAAUGGAUGUUCUCAACAAAUGCCAAAAGGAGCAAGCAGUCCAGUGAGAUUCGAUAGGGCUCAGUUACAGAGACAAUUUCAACAGAUGAAGGAAGAGAUAUUAAACGCAGCCAAUGACAUUGAGCAAUUAUUUGAACUAAUUGCCGAGCUGGGUACAGCUGCUGCCAAAUACUUCAUCAUUAAAAAACUAUUUUGGAAGAAUGUUGACCUGUUUGAGUUCUUUGUGAACAAAUUGCAGUGCUACCUUCCAAAAUCAACAACAGUUGACACGCAAUCUCGAGCUGAUGAACUUGAAAUGGUUGUUAUCAUAUUCAACACACUGGCACAGAUGCUAAGAGAAACAGAAAUGUUGCCAGAUAGACUCAACACACUGCAAGCUAACAAUGGCAAGAUGGUUCUGGACCUGCUUGUGAUGUUGACGUGUUUGCCAGAGGUGCCACAGCGAUGGCGUCCACCAAGAUUCAAGACAUCCAGUAUGCUCUUGGAAACGGAUGCACACCAUUGGGAGACUUACUCAGAUGCAGAGGUUUCUAAACUCGUCCAAGAGAUUACAAAUGUUUCAACUGCUGUAACCUUUGAACUCAUAUUGAUCGCGCAUCAGGCUAACUGGGGUAAUGAUGAAGGCAAGUUCUUUAACAUAUGCUGGUUGGUUAAGGUUCUGGACUCAUUUUCAACAACUGAAAAGUUUGUGGAAAGGCUGUUGGCACAGGCUAUGAAACUGUUGCUACCGUCCAAGGAUUCUGUCAUUUCACCGGAUGAUGCUGUCCUUCUCUUUCAGCAGUUCUUUGUUUUACAGACUUUUAUAGAGUACAGCUCCAGCAUAACGUCAUACAUUAGAAACAACUAUAUGGAGGAAUUCAGGUACUAUGUGCAAUCUCCCCAUAUCCUUGAAAAACUUCCAGUUAAAUAUCCAAUUAGACGACUGACGUUACAACUCAUAGAUGAAGUUCUAUCAUGCGUACUGCAAAAGAAGACGGUGUUGAAGGGUCAGAAAGUGUAGCUUUGGUUCCCAAAGGGUGAGAUGUUGUAAGCAUAGUUUUAGCACUCUCUAUUGUGGCAAUGAGCGGGAAGUUAAACUUAUAAAAGGUUAAUGGUUAUAAAAGGAACUUGCAAUUGUGUUGAGAUUUUUGCAGUGAAUAGAAAUAAUAGCUUUAGUCUCUCUCUAGCAAAUAGUGUAAAGUAUGACUUAAAUCUUUCAUGUAGAAAAUCAUUUAUGACAAAUAGAGAAUAUAUUGCUGAGGCUUUUUUGUGGCUUUAUUGAUUUUGAAGAUUGAGAUUUUGACAUUAUUAUUAUUUUAUAUGAAAUUUAAAUGAGAAAAUUUUAUAAUUUUUAUUCCAAUGGUAUAUGUGCAAAAUAUGAAUAGACAAGUAAAAAUUUAGAAUCCUUUGUUUGCAUAUUAAUGACAAAAAAUUGCAUUCUGUGAGGAUUAGCAUUUGGAACUGUAUUUUUAUAUUAUAAAAAGUCUUUAAAAAUUAAUUAAAGCAGUUGUUUUUUGGGGAAUUUACUUUUAAGCCCUACCCAGACUAUUACAUGUUAUUUGUGAUAUCACAUUUAUGACCAUAUAUAGGAAAUCAGGGGCGUCUCCAUAGAUUUUUUUGGAGGUGGGGGGGACAAUAGGAAGUCCACGCCACCACACCCCCCUCAGCCCCACCAUGAUUGGCGAAAACAAGUGGUAAAUAAUCAAACUCUCCUUUCGCCCAUUGUUGGAUCGCCACAGAACUCAUAGGUGCACUCCCUUUUUUCCUCAUUCCUCUCUUUCACUCAAAUUUUUCUCCCUCUUUUUUAUUUUUUGGCUUGACUGAUGAGGGGAGGGGGACACAGGCCCUCAUUUCCCCCAGCUAGAUCCGCCCCUAAACAUUUUGACUAUAUAUGGGUAUACAAUAGUGUUUUUAAAGAAAAUGUAAUAAUCUGGACAGAGCUUUUCAGUAAUUCAUAGAUUAGAUUUUAUGAAAAAAAAUUUUUUAAAUGUAUCAUUUAAUGUACUUAUAUUUUCACCUGACAUAUUUUUGUUUGGCUCGCAUAUUAAUAAUUCAUCCGUCCAUGCAUAUUUGUAUUUCAAAUGAGCUCUCCAUAAUGAGAUUAGCUGUCAUGUUAUGCAUAGCCCGAUCUAGAUCAUUACACAUUUUCUAUUUUUAGAUCAUUUCACAUUUUCUAUUUUUAGAUCAUUACACAUUUCCUAUUUUUAGAUUAUUACACAUUUUCUAUUUGUAUAUCAUUACACAUUUUUAGUUUUAAUGUAUUCUAAAUAUUUGUAUAAUGAUUCAUAAUGGGAUGGUUGCAUUAUUGUUAUUUAAUGUUGAUUAAUUUAAAUAGAAUAUUAAAUUUUUUAUGCCAUUUCAUAACUUUUGCCAUUAAAAUUGACUUGUCAUGGGACAGUUGCAUUAAUGUUAAUUAUGUUAAAUAUAAUAUUAAAAUUUUUAUGCCAUUUCAUAAAUUUUUCCAUUAAAACAUCCAAAAUAUUGCCGCCAUUAGGUAAUUUUUUUUUUCAACUAAUCGUAAUAAAUUGUAUUGUGUGCAAUUAAAUACUAUAAUCCAUAAAUUGCAAUGUAGCAAGAGGGCGCUAUUUAAUGAAAUGUAAGGCUGCAAUGCAAGAUACACAGCCAGUAGUAAUAGAAAGCCAAAAAUGAAUGGUUAUAAAAAGAACUUGGUAUUUUUUAUUUCAUUUGCUUGCCUGCAAAAAUUAAGAAUACUUGGCUAUAUGCGUAGUUAGUUAAAACUAAAUAAUCAUAUCAGGGGUUGUCUCACAGUCCUGCCAAUACACCAGCAUUUGUUUGUUUCCAGGGUUCCAGACCAAAUUUUCUUACGCUAUUCAAUUUCGCUUAGAGUAAGUUUUAUACCAAGUCGUCUUUCAUCUCCAAACAUACCAGACUAAUAACGUUUUGAAGCUAAACGACCAAAUCCUCAUUCAAGUAGUUCACAUUAUUUCAACAUAUUUCUAUUGUUUUUACAUGGUUUAUAUUCGCUAUCCCUAUAUAAUUUUUAUUAACAUAUCUAUAAUUGAGAGUGAUUUAUUUAUCCUAUUAUAUACAUUAUGUUUUUGUUUGCUGUUGGACCAAUAUUUUCUAAUUGUGACCAAACAUUACCUAACUUUAAAAUAUUGCAACCUUUAAUAAAUAUAAAAUGGUUUAAGAUUCUUAUAAGGGCUUUAAAUCACUACUUAACAAAGGACAGAAAAUUUCAACAAUUGAAAAUUUCACAUCCAUAAUUGUUUAAUUGACAACAGUCGGUUGAUUGAAGUAAUGCCAACAUAUGCUGAGCAAUAAUGUAGCACUUAGUAGUAGUAGUAGUAGUAUUCAGAGCCGUCCACACAAUCAGUAUCUGUGAUUUGCCCAUAUAUGGGUGUGAUGUCACAUCAUCAUUCCCAUAUUAGGAAAAAAUCACAUUUGUGCCAUAAAACUUGAUUGUAUGAACAGGGCUUUACAUAGAAUUUACAUGACAAUACUGAAUAGAUAGUGACACAGUUGCACCGGCAGUUACACUCAUUAAAGCUCUGUCCGCACUGUCAAAUUUGAUGUGACAAAUGUGUGUGAUGUGCCUACACAUAGGUAUGAUGGUGUCAUGUUACACCCAAGUAUGCGCAAUGUCACAUUUAUUUGUCACAUAAAAUUUGAUAGUAUGGACAAAUAUUUAUACUUGAAUAUGUUUGUAAGUGGCAGUCAACGUAGUAAGAAUUUAUUAUCAGCUGUGCAUUUCGCUUGUAUAAAGGCACUCUAUAUACAUUGCAUUGCUUUAUCUACAUUGCUUCUAUGGCAGGGUUGCCUGCUCUUGCACCAAGAUGGCAGCAACACUUACAAGCACAUAGACCCAAUGACCAAGGAAAAACUUGCAGCGCUUAGUAUCUGUAAAGAAAGGCGCUAUACAGUAUAUAUGACCAGAUUAGAUUAGAUUCUUAAUUAAUGAUAAAACAUAUUUUAGUAUGUAAUACAGGUGAGUCCGUCCAAACAAUAAUUGAUACACCUUGAUUUAUUAUAAUUAAUUGUUUAAAAUCUAGAUAAAUGUUUACCAUAGUUGUCAGUUUGAUGUGUCAAUCCAUGUUUUUUUUUUUAUUAUUACAGGAUAAAAUUGUUUUAUAUAAUGAUUAUGUAUAGGCCUAUUGUAUUAUUAAUUAUAUACUGCUUCUGUGUAAUGUUUGUGAAAAGAAUUUCUGAGGCUGUGAAAGCUUCCAAAAAAAAGGAGCCAAGCUCCAAGGAGGCUAUUGUCUUUGCUUAUGUUGGUGAUGGUGUAGACUGGGUUCCAGUCCCUAAACGUUGUCUUAAUCAGUGAAUAUGCUUAAGAAUAAAUCGAUUUUGGCACCAAUGGCGUUCCAUAUUUACUUAUUUGCAUGGCGUUCCAUAAUAUACUUUUUAAUUCGCAUCAAAAAGUUUCUCGACAUAAACUGACGCUGGUGGCGCUUUCCGAAAAGUGCUAAUACUAAGAAAAAUCAAUAAAUUAGAGACUUGAGGCAAGUCUAGUGGUGUUGGUAGUGGUAGCAUUGAUGGUGGUGGAAAAUUCAUUUUUACCAUUAUAGCGAUAUGUUGAUACAGGGCUCCCUUCAAUUAAAGACCACUUUUGAUACCAGGGUUUUCAUGGUCUUUAGCAGCUUUGGUCUCUAAUUAGAAUAAUAAAAAUAAAAGACAUUUUUUAAUUUAGGACCACAGAAAGUGGUCUUUAAUUGGAGGUUGUCUCAAAUUGGAGGGGUCUUUACUUAAAGGGAGACCUGUAAUUAGAAUUUUUUUCCCAUUUUCAUGUUUCCACUUUAAAAAAAGUUUUCAUUGGCUGAAGGAAAAUAAAUGUUGGUUAUGUUAACGUUGCACAUGUUAAUGAAAAUACACGUUUUGCAAAAUCAGCAUAAAAUGUAACUGUUAAUAAAUUGUAUAAUAGUAUGCAAUACAUGUAGAAAUGUUUCUGUACUAGCAAAAAAACCGAGAGUAUAAUGUUCUCAUAAUUAUUUCAUUAUUAGUGUUUUCAUUAUGUUAUGUUUCACUAGAUUCUUACAUUCCGUCCUUCAAUUUAAUUUCUGUAUGAUUAUUACCGUCCAUACAUUUUGGUGUAAUAAAUGUUAUUGUUGCGUUUUUGAUAACACUCUGAUGCGUUUUGAUAACAAUACUGAAUAUUUAUUAUAAGUCUGGUGAGACUUUUUUUAUACUUUGUUUAUCGAACCUGCCACCUGCCAAUAAUGAUGAUAAUUUCAAAUAAAAAUAAAAUUUUAUUUUUGGUUUCGAGAGCAAAAGUAUUAGCGGAUGGCGGAUUUGCGAAACAAGGUAUAAAAAAGUCGUCUAAUUAUUAACUAUGUUAUGUAGGUCACCCCCAUCGACAAAACGUCACUCACCUGCCACGGCUUUGAAGUCAUAAAGGUGUUGUGUUCUGCUUUAAGUAUUGAUUAGUUUAAAAAUAAUGUAUAUACUUCUUAAUGAGAUGUGCUUUGUUUUAUUACAUUUAGUAAUGCCAAUACCGUAAAUGGUACUUGAUUCUCGUGUUUGUAUUGUGGCUGAUCCUCUGUAGCCUUAUUGCUCAGAUUUGUUAUUUUGCAUAUUAUCAUCAUUCUGUACCCUGUGUUAACAAGCAUAGUGGGAAAAAACAAAUGGAAAAUAAAUAAUAUCACACUUCAA